AUGUAUAAGAAAAUAAGCACUCGCCAAUAUAGAGACUCAAUUGCUGUAGAUUUACUUAAAUAUCUAGUUCCACGUGACCCCAGACAGGAUUUAGAGUAUGAGAAACAUGCAAAUAACCCAAACUACCAUGUUCCUGAUGAGGUCCGUGGUUUUAUACUGCACUUCUACCGAUGUUUAAAAGAUGGAAAACUGUUUGAAGUUGGCAGUUGCUAUGAGACAAGUUAUCCAAAGCUGACUGAGAAAUACUUCAAAACAGAGCCAUGGCCAAUUCCUGACAGUGUCAGUUUGUUAGUUGAAAAAGAUGCUGUAUUUAUGAUUUUGUAUAAGGAGUUGUAUUAUCGACACAUUUAUGCUAGGAUACAGAGCGGCUUAACACAGGACCAACGGUUUGAGUCCUACUACAACUACUGCAAUCUAUUUAACUUCAUACUUAAUGCUGAAGGGCCAGUACCGCUUGAGAUACCUGACCAAUGGCUCUGGGAUAUCAUUGAUGAAUUCAUUUACCAGUUCCAAGAAUUCAGCAAGUAUCGAUCAAAAUUGAACAACAAAACAGAGACUGAAAUAACGAUAUUGAAAGAAAACCCAAAGAUCUGGAAUGUGCACAGCGUCCUCAACGUACUUCACUCUCUUGUGGAGAAAUCAAACAUCAACCAGCAACUGGAGGUGUAUGCUACACAGGGUGAUCCAGAUAGUGUUGCUGGGGACUUUGGACGCAAUCCACUGUACAAGAUGUUGGGGUACUUCAGUCUGAUUGGUCUUCUUCGCUUACACUCGCUCCUCGGUGAUUACUACCAAGCAAUCAAGGCACUUGAAAAUAUUGAGCUCAACAAGAAGAGUCUGUACUCCCGGGUUCCCGCCUGCCAAGUCACAACAUACUACUACGUAGGGUUUGCGUACCUUAUGAUGCGUCGCUACCAGGAUGCUAUACGCAGCUUUGCCAAUAUCUUGCUCUACAUUCAGAGAACGAUGCGUCUGCUGCCCCCAACAUCAUACCAGACAGACUUUAUUAAGAAGAUGAAUGAGCAGAUGUACACACUGCUAGCAAUCUGCUUGACACUCCACCCAAUGCGAAUUGAUGAAAGUAUUCACACUCAAAUGCGUGACAAGGUCGGAGACCGCCUUGGACGUAUGCAGAAAGGUGACAUCAUGGCUUUCCAAGAAUGCUUUGUGUUUGCUGCUCCCAGGUUCCUCUCACCUGUUCCACCAAACUAUGACUUACCACAAGCGAACUACCACAAGGAACCUUCCAUGCUGCAGACUAAAGUCUUCCUUGAGGAGGUUCGGCAACAGCUACUCAUCCCAGAGAUAAGGAGUUUCUUGAAGCUGUACACAACAAUGCCAAUACCAAAGCUUGCUGCAUUUCUUAACCUUUCUGAAGAAGAAUUUAGAACCCAGUUUUUGUGUUUCAAGCAUAAGAUGAUGAAUUUGGUUUGGACAAAAGGCUCAAGUGGUCUUGAUGGAGAAUUCCAGGCUGCAUCCGAGGUGGAUUUUUAUGUUGAUGGUGAUAUGAUCCAUAUAGCUGACACAAAGGUCGCUGCACGCUAUGGGGACUUCUUCAUUAGACAGAUUCAUAAGCUGGAGGAGAUGAAUCGAGCCUUGAAGAAAAGCGAGUUGUUGUCCAUGCAUCAGAAGUGAACCAACGAAUGAGCGGAAUACUAAGCAGUGUCCUUACAAUCUUUGAGCUUGCACAGUCUUAAUCAACUCAUUACACAAAUGAAUGUCAACCUCAUAAUAGCAUAAUAUAUUGAUAAAAUUUUAAUACCAAUGAUCAUAUUUCUAUUAUUUAAUUCCCACUCCUCAUUUGUGGAGGUCUUUUGAAUGCAUUGUCAGUGUCAAUAUCUGGUAAUAUAAAUCUUCCAUUAGAUUUGUUAUAUAUGCUGUCAGUCAACAGCCGUUUAUACAGCCAUUCCAGAUGGAAUUUCCCAUAUUUGCUUUUUAAUAUCCAUAAAAUGUAAACUAAAAUAUCUUAGGAUUUGCUAUAAAUUUUAGUUAAUUGAUGUUAAAUUUUACUAAGACAUCUACUGUAUUUGCGGUUUAGAUUCUCAGAGGCAGAUUGAGUAACAUUAAAUAUCAAGACUUGUACUAAA